UCCCGCCCAGCGAGGGUGGUUGCGGCGGUUGCGGCCGUUGCCAUGGGGAUGGAAGAUGGCGCCCACAAGCCGCCAGCGCUCCUCGGCACCGCUGCAGGUCCUGCUGUUCCUCAACGGCUGGUACAGUGCGACCUACUUCGUCCUGGAAGCUUUAAUUUUCGUCUACAAGGUACUGCUGCUGCCAUAUCCCUUCACCAACCUGGUGCUGGACGUGGCGCUGCUCCUGAUCUACCUCGGCACUGAGGCCACACGCAUCUUCUUCGGCUCCAAGGGCAACCUGUGCCAGCGCAAGGUGCUGCUCUCCAUCAGCCUGGCCCUGACCGGGCCCGCAGCCGUGAUGGCCGUGUAUUACCUGCUGCUGCAGACCUACGCCCUGCGCCUGGAAGCCAUCCUCAGCGCCAUCCUCCUCCUCUUCUAUGCCGCGGAGGUGCUGCUGGGUGUCCUGGCGCUGUUCUCCUUCUCCAGCACGGAUUCGUACUGAGGCCCCGCGCCACGCCAAAGGAUGGGGUGCAGGAGCCGGCAGCUCCAUUUCCAGCUCGAGCGCCCGCAGGCAGCGCCGGGCAGCAGUUCCCCCCGCCUGUGCUCACGAGUGACCUGCCGGGUGGCACCAACCCGGGACUCGCCCCCCAGGGCUUGUGACACGCGGCUCAGUUUGAGGUACAGAGAAUUGUUAUUAUUUUUUGGUUUUCUACUGCCUUCUCAGAAUGAGUCACUAUUUUCCAAUAAAUAUUUAUUUUUA